AUGAAAGCGACAGAUCACCUUUUUUUAGUUGAUGGAUCAGGUUAUAUUUUUCGUGCUUACUAUGCUUUACCGGCUUUAAAGCGCAAAAAAGAUGGACUUCCUGUAGGAGCUGUAGCUGGUUUUUGUAAUAUGUUAUGGAAACUGCUCUGUGAUGCACGCAAUACAGCUACCGGGGUUGUUCCAACGCAUUUUGCUGUCAUUUUUGAUUAUUCAUCUGAUACAUUUCGGAAACAAAUUUAUCCACAAUACAAAGCCAACAGGGUAUCUCCUCCUGAAGAUCUUAUACCUCAAUUUUCUCUCAUACGCCACGCAACAAAGGCUUUUAAUUUGCCUUGUAUCGAGAAGGAAGGAUUUGAAGCAGAUGAUUUAAUUGCUACCUAUGCACAAUUGGCAACGAAGGUUGGGGCAAAAACAACGAUUAUCUCUUCUGAUAAAGAUUUGAUGCAAUUGGUGAAUACGCAUGUAUCUUUGUAUGAUGGAAUGAAAGACAAACAUAUAGGUAUUUCCGAAGUUGUAGAAAAAUGGGGUGUUAAACCUGAAAAAAUGGUUGAUUUGCAAGCUUUGAUUGGAGAUCCGACGGAUAACGUGCCAGGUAUUCCAGGCAUUGGCCCGAAAAUUGCAGCACAAUUAUUGGAGCAAUUUGGUUCUCUCGAUAUUUUGUUGCAGCGUGUGAGGGAAGUGAAGCAAACAAAACGGCGUGAAAAUAUCCAAACUUAUAGUGAACAGGCAAAAAUUUCUCGUGAACUCGUUCGGCUGAAAGCAGAUGUGCCUAUAGACAAUGAUUUAGAUGAUUUUAUUUUGGAACCUCAAAAUGGACCACGCUUAAUCGCUUUUCUUAAAGCUAUGGAGUUUUCGACACUAACACGUCGUGUAGCAGAGGCAACAGAAUGUGAUGCAGCAAUGAUUGAUUCACUUGAC